CCUAACGCGUCCAGACGUAUGACUUGUAACCAAACUCUCUGUUUAUAUUCCAUUUUUCGUUUUCUAUUCCCUCAAAAAUCAAAAUUCUCCUCUAUUUUUCCAAUCGCCCAAACCCCCAAAUAAACCCAGAUAACGCGCUCUCUCUCUAUCUCUUCUUGUUGCAGGGAGAGAAGAGAAGAGAGUCUCUAUUGUAGGGGCCUUUUUCAACUUCGCCUUCGAUACUUUUCUUCUGCGUUUCAACAACCAAUCCGUUAUAGUGUUUGGUCUCGCUUUCGCAGCUAAAAAGCGAUCAGGAGUUUGGGAGAAGUAGAGAAAAGAAAUGAAGAGUGAGGAUCAGUCCAGGUCUCUGUUUGGAAUUUCUCUCUCUGAUCGACCCACAUGGCAGCAAUUCCUCAUUUGCUCCUCUGGUUUCUUCUUUGGUUAUCUCGUUAAUGGAAUUUGCGAGGAAUAUGUGUAUAACCGGCUCCAGUUCAGCUAUGGCUGGUAUUUCACCUUUGUGCAAGGAUUUGUCUACCUGGUUCUCAUAUACUUUCAGGGUUUCACCACUAAGCAAAUGGUAAAUCCAUGGAAAACUUAUGUGAAACUCUCUGCUGUUCUUAUGGGUUCUCAUGGGUUGACCAAGGGUUCUUUGGCCUUCCUUAACUAUCCAGCCCAAAUUAUGUUCAAAUCCACCAAGGUGCUACCUGUCAUGAUAAUGGGUGCCUUUAUUCCGGGCUUGAGAAGGAAAUAUCCAUUUCAUGAAUACAUAUCUGCUCUGCUGCUAGUUGUUGGUUUGAUCCUUUUCACCUUAGCAGAUGCCCAAACUUCUCCAAAUUUUAGCAUAAUCGGUGUUCUGAUGAUAUGUGGUGCCUUGGUUAUGGAUUCUUUAAUGGGGAACUUGCAAGAGGCCAUUUUUACCAUGAAUCCUGACACAACACAGAUUGAGGUGCUGUUCUGCUCAACAGUAGUAGGAUUGCCUUUAUUGCUUCCACCAAUGAUCUUGACAGGAGAGCUGUUCAAGGCUUGGAGUUCUUGUUCACAACAUCCAUAUGUGUACGGGGUGCUAGUAUUUGAAGCUAUGGCGACAUUCAUUGGGCAAGUAUCUGUUUUAUCCCUCAUUGCUAUAUUUGGGGCUGCCACCACUGCAAUGAUAACAACUGCUAGAAAAGCAGUCACCUUGUUGCUGUCAUACAUGAUAUUUACAAAGCCAUUAACAGAGCAGCACGGGACAGGACUGCUGCUCAUAGCCAUGGGAAUUAUAUUGAAGAUGUUGCCAGAUAACAAACCUCCCAGUAGGAAUGCACCCAAGCAGAAGGGCAAAUCUCAUUUGAAAGAAGAGAAAAGUCUUGUUCGUAAUGCAGAAGGUGAAGAAGUUGAGGAGAAAAGCCCCUUGGUAUGAAGGAGGAGGUGGGAAGAGGUCUUUUUAAUUUUUAUUGUUGUGAAGAAGACCAAGCUCAUUGUUUAUUGGUUCAUUUCUUAUUACGCCUAGGUAAAGGGUAAGGGUAGAAAUAAGUGACAGAAGUAUACAUGGAAGAAGAGAAAAAUAGAGAUGGUAGCAAGAAACUAGUCGUGAUGUAAAUUUCUCCAGUGAAAAUGACCUUUCUAAAUUCCAAGGAUUUGGAAGUUGAAUUUUAUUUAUC